UGGGAUCAUAUGAUAUUUCAAUGGAGAAGCACGUCUGAUAGGCGUCGACUAAUCUCUUCAGCCAGUGUUUAAUUUUCUGGCUCAAUAUCGGUUGUUUUACGUGUUAGUGGUGUUAUAAAAUAACUAUCAGCCAUGGCGCUCAGCGAUGCAGAUGUUCAAAAGCAGAUCAAGCAUAUGAUGGCCUUCAUCGAACAAGAGGCCAAUGAAAAGGCUGAAGAAAUCGAUGCCAAGGCAGAGGAGGAGUUCAACAUCGAAAAAGGCCGUCUGGUCCAACAACAGCGGCUAAAAAUUAUGGAGUACUAUGAGAAGAAAGAAAAACAAGUUGAACUCCAAAAGAAGAUUCAGUCAUCGAACAUGCUGAACCAAGCUCGUCUGAAGGUGCUCAAAGUGCGUGAAGACCACGUGCGCAAUGUACUGGACGAAGCCCGCAAGCGCCUGGCUGAGGUGCCCAGUGACAACAAGCUGUACUCAGAUCUGCUUGUGACACUCAUUGUACAAGCUCUGUUCCAACUCAUGGAGCCAGCAGUCACCCUCCGUGUGAGACAAGUAGACAAAGCCCUAGUGGAGUCCCUGAUUGGCCGAGCUCAGGCCGACUACAAGAACAAGAUCAAGAAGGAUGUACAGAUCAAGGUUGACAGCGAGAACUUCCUGCCACCAGACACCUGCGGUGGUAUUGAGUUGAUUGCUGCCAGGGGCCGCAUUAAGAUCCGCAACACGCUGGAGUCCCGUCUGGAGCUGAUCGCGCUGCAGCUGCUGCCCGAGAUCCGUAACGCUCUGUUCGGACGCAACCCUAACCGUAAAUUCACCGACUAAACAGUCAAACAAAAGCACUUGUUACUACUAACAACAUAUUUAAAACAUUCAUUAUUAGUAGAAUUAAAUAAGUGUUUUAUUUGCCUAAUUAAUAAUAAUAUGUAUUUUAAUGUGUAUAAUUCUAUCGCCGUAGAAUGUAUACUGAUGAAUGUUAAGUCGCCAGAAAAUGUAUUAAAUGUGUGAUCAUGUUAUUUGUCUGAAACCUGGUUCUACAAAUCGCUCCAAGUGUACAUUAGUUUCGCCGCUAAAUACCCGUAUUCUAAAUGAAAUAUUUUAUUAUAACAAUUCAUUCGGUAGCCCACGUUAUAUUCUAGAGGAUGUAGUUUAUAGGAUUUUGGAAACAAUAUAUUUAAUGUUACUGUCUUAUAGAUCAUAUUAUGUGGAAAUAUUACUGUUAAAUAUAGUUACAUCAUCCAAUUUUCAGUAUUAGAGCACAAGUUAAGAGAAUGCUUCAUAGAUCGUGUUCUAUUCUCUUCCAGAUAUUUUUAUGGUUUCAUCCUAUAAUCAUCUUCUAUGAGGUUUUUUUAGGGAAUAAAAUAGUGACUGUAAGAAUGGAGUCUGACGGCAGCAUCCUAUGUUAUGUUCACUCAAAUCAAUGCAACGAUUUGACUGGGCGCAGCGUAGUGUCACACUUCAUUCUUGCAGCCGUUCUAUUAGUCCAGUCAAAAGCUAUUAUAAUAAUCCUGCAGCAUAAUUUUUUGUCCAUUUUGACUGGACUAAAUACAUUCCUUAUUUUUCUUCCUGGCAAUCAAAUUGUUUUGGGCUUGCUUCUAACAUUCAAUUAGAGCACUAUAGCUCUAUAUUUAAGGUAUAUAAUAUGUAUGUUUUGAUUAUGGCACUGUUAAAAUUCUUAUGUAAAUAUAUAGAUGUGUUAAAA